AUGGACCCCUUGACAGACAGUCCACGUGUGCGCUCAGACAGCAUGAGCAGUUCAGCGUCUCAGGGCUCAAGGUCCAAGACGCUCCUCCGCCAGCGUUUGUCCCAGCUGCUGACCUGCAUUGAGGACAUGAGCUCUGACGAUGAAGCCAACGAAGAAGUGUCCCGCACACUGGAUGAAGCGUUUCAGCUUUGUGGGCGCUUUAUCCCCACAGACGCAUUCAGGCUGCACAUGGUGACCUGGAACGUGGCCACAGCGGAGCCUCCUGAGGACGUCAUCUCUUUGCUGCAACUAGAUAUCCAACCCCCCACAGACCUCUAUGUGAUUGGCCUGCAGGAGGUGAAUGCUGCCCCUGUGAGGUUCAUCUCUGACCUGCUGGUGGAGGACUCCUGGAGCCACGUCUUCAUGAACGCUCUGGCACCUAGAGGCUUCGUCAAGGUCACAUCAAUAAGGAUGCAGGGUUUGCUGUUGCUGCUUUUUGCCAAACAAAUUCAUCUCCCCUACAUCAGAAACAUCCAGACCACAUACACUCGUACUGGCAUCUUUGGCUACUGGGGUAAUAAAGGAGGAGUGUCUGUGCGUUUUUCCUUCUAUGGCCACAUGGUGUGCUUCCUUAACUGCCACCUAGCAGCUCACAUGAACUACGCUCUGCAGCGUGUUGACGAGUUUGAGUACAUCCUGGAUACACAAGACUUUGACAUCUCUGACACCCCACAUAUCCUGGACCACAAGGUGGUGUUUUGGUUUGGCGACCUGAACUUUCGUAUCGCAGACCACGGCUUGCACUUCCUCCGCUCGUCCAUUAACAGCGGACGCCUUAAUUUGCUGUGGAACAAAGACCAGCUCAUCAUGAUGAAGAAGAACGAACCAUUCCUGCAGGAAUUUGAGGAAGGGCCAUUGAAUUUUAAGCCCACCUACAAGUUUGACCGUAACUCUGAUACCUAUGAUACCAGUGGCAAGAAAAGGAAACCUGCCUGGACCGAUCGGAUCCUCUGGCGAAUCAAACCCAAAGCCCCGCCUUCAGAGGAUGAUGAUGAGAAGGCAUCGACUUCUUCUGACGAUGGACUCGAUGAGUAUCCACUCCUGGUCACUCAGGAUAAAUACACCAGUGACAUGAGCUAUGGAGUCAGUGACCAUAAACCUGUCAUUGCAACCUUCAGUCUAGAGCUAAGGAAGUGCUUUGACACAGCACUGGUGCACAUAUCUCCUGAGGGUGUAUGGAGCGCCGACCAGAAUGCACUUCUUAACUACACCAUCCAAGAGGACUUCAUGUCCUCCACAUGGGACUGGAUUGGCCUGUACAAGGUGGGAUUCAAGAGCGCGUCUGAUUAUGAAACCUUUGUGUGGGUCAGAGAGGCCGAGUUGCCAGAGAUAAAUGAAGUCAUACAGAUAUCGGUGGAUAAGGAUGAGAUCCCUCUGCUAGGUGGACAGUAUGUUUUGGGUUACUACAGUACAAACAUGCAAAGCAUUGUUGGCCUCAGUGCUGACUUCCAGAUUCUGGAGUCAAAGCGUGCCGUCAUGGAGGGCCUCGUUCCUGAGAACAUCAACGGGCUCAACAAAUAA